ACGUCUGGGCUCUCCCCAUAGUAAAUAUNCCCCCCCCCCCCCCCUCCUAUACAGUGUUUUCAGAGUAUUAUUAUUACCUCACAAUUCGCCUCAACGUCUCGGCUCUCCCCAUAGUAAAUAUAUUCAACAUUAUUCCAUCAUUUGGGUGCCAAAACAUAGCUAGAGACAAUAAGAAAUUCAAAAAGAGCCAGCCACAAUUCAAAAUGAUGGCCGCCGCUACUACUACUGCUCAUCACAUCAUCAUCAUAACUCCCUUUGUUCUUCUCAUUGCUGCGAUAACGGUGGCGUCAUCAUCAUUGUCUCCGUCUUCUUCGUCUGCUGCUGAAUACCAUCGUCCAUCGAGAAACGGAGACGUGGCGGCAGCCAUGGGAGAGAUGCAGAAGGCGAACUACUUUGCCUUUGUCAUGCUCAUCAACAUGGCCCCGCCCGACCUCUUCCAGGGAAACGUCACGUUGUUGAUGCCCAACGAUAGGGCACUGUCGAGGUCGGAAAUCAUGCCGGACAGCAACGUCGUCAGCUUCUUGCUCCGCCACUCCAUCCCUUCCAGUCUGCUCUUCGACCACCUCCGGCAUGUCCCCACCGGAUCCUUCAUCCCCUCCUCCAAGCCAGAUUCCAUGUUGAGGGUCACCAACUACGGGCGGAGGCAGUUCUUCCUCAACAAUUCCCGCAUCGUCAAUCCCAAUGUCUGCACCACCACCGCCGCCUCCUCCAUCACGUGCCACGGCAUUGAUGGCGUCCUCCAAGCCGGUGGCCCUGCAAACCCGACCCCUCCUCCUUUUCCUCCUCCUCCUCGAGCACCACGGGUGGCGGCCUUACCGUGGGCGGCGCCUUCUGAGCCUGCACCGCCCAUCACAGCCAAGGAUAAUAAUAAUCCACCGCCGCCAUCGUCACUCACGCCGCCGCCAGCUGAUUCCAUCAAGAUCAACAGCGCACAAAGAUUGGGCUAUCCGUCCAUUAUUAUGGGUGGUGGAAGAAUGGUUGAUAUGAUAUGGUUUGUACUUUUCAUGUUUCUCCUAUAAUCCAAUUGAAGCAUUAAUUAAUUACUACUCCAGUCUACGAACAGUAUAGAUAGAGAGUAAUUAAACACCUACGUUAUGAUUGAAUGGGUGCGUGCCCAUUAUAUAUAGUAUAGGGUGAUGUUUGGCAAUAUUGAAUAUUUCCCUCCGGCCCCGCUUCAGGGUAUUAUUACAAUUUACAAACAAAUUAAAGAAAGGUGUUCUAAUUUU